AUGGUGGAGAAGUCAAGCAAGGGUCGCCAAAAGAUCGAAAUUGCGAAAAUACCGAAGAAAAAUCAUCUUCAAGUCACCUUCUCCAAGCGCAAGUCUGGGCUCUUCAAGAAGGCUAGUGAACUUUGCACUCUUUGUGGGGCAAAUAUUGCUAUAUUAGUUUUUUCCCCUGGUGGAAAGGUAUUCUCUUUUGGUCAUCCUGAUGUUCGGUACAUCGUCUAUUCGUUCUUCGCUAACAUACCUCCAACCAAACGUAGCGAUCUCAACCUAAUUGAAGCUCAUGAUCAGAAUGCUAGUAUCCACAAGCUCAACUUACAGCUCGCAGAAGUGCUUAACCAACUAGAAGCCGAGAAAAAGAGAGGUGAAAUACUUGGCCAAAUAAGAGCUAGCCAAGGCCAAUGCUGGUGGGAAGCACCAAUUGAUGAGUUAAGCUUGUUUGAGCUUCAACAAUUGAAGGUGUCCAUGGAGGAGCUUAAGAAGAUUGUAGUGAGUCAAGCUGAACUGCUUCUAAUGGAGGGCAAUGCUAACCCUUCUACUUUCAAUAAGGUUAAUGGGUACCCAAUGGUUGAUGAUUUUGAGUUUGAGAGGAAACUCAGUGAGAUUCAUGGUCUUUCCAUUGUGCCCCAUGUCCAUAAUUUUGGUCAUGGACUAGGCUUUUUCUGA